CUUUGCCGAAUAUCUUGCUUCUGCAAGAAAAGAAGCACUGUUAGAAUUAGAAAUCCCAUCGAUUUUUUACCAUUCUGAAGAAAUGGAAAAGGAAAGUGUGCAACUGUUGGAUAAACUAAGGAGCUUGAAUGGAGGUUCAGAAAACAUUUGCGUCAUUGGUGUUUUUGGUAAAGGGUCGUCUGGUUCUUCCUGUAAUGGGCUCAUUCUCAACAACCUUCUUGACAAACACAUCUUUGAGAAAUAUUCAUUAUUUGAGCGUGUACAGUCAGGUGAUCAGGAAGUUAAUAGUUGUUAUAUUGAACCAUACUAUGAUCAAUCCAGGCACACGCUUUACCUACAGCUUGUGUCUAUAUAUGAUGGUGCUCAACUGGCUCAUAUAUGUCGACUUCUCCCGCAGCAUAUAUCAACAGCUGAUAGCCAUGCAUACUGGAAGAGCCAUGAAGGUCAACACGCCAGACUCUUGCUCUACUUAUUUAAUAUAUGCCACAUUACGAUAGUCUGUCACCCUAGAGCUGUAUUUGACACCAGCUAUGUGAAACUUUUCAGAGCAUUGCAAACAACAAGGGAGAAGCUGUUGCCGCAAAUAAGUAGCAGUCUGAAAGGCAUGUCUGUGAGUAGACAAUGGCAGACAUCAGGACGUAUGUGUACACCACGCUUGCUCUUCAUAUGUCAACAGAGUGACUUGGAACAUGAUACUGACUUGAGGCUUGGAGGGCAAAACAAGAAAAAAUCUCAGCGUAAAGUUCUUCAACAUCAUCUUGAAGAUCAGAUCUACAGGAUCUUCAGGAAAAGCCACAUCCUCACAAAUAAUAUGUCUCAUUGCCUGUUUAGUAUCCCGUUGAACCAAGCAUUUGUGCACAUUUUGCAUUCAGAUGAUCAACUGAAGGACACCAUACAUGAACUCAUCAACUCUUGUUCUCUGACCAGCAGUAGUGACAAAUCAGGUAACCAGCAAUCAGAGAAGGGGGUAUUUGUGAUGCCUAUCACCAUGGAAACCAUUCCAUCUCUGACCGAUAAACCAGAUGAUUCAUUGAGGGCUUUUGUUCACCAGCAUGUCGAUCUCAUAAUCAACAAAAAAGGGUUUGAUGAUAGUCAAAGAGGAGCUGCAAUCUCACAUUUCGAGUAUCCAAGCAUGAAAACAUGGAUUGAAGUAGCCACUUCAUCUUAUGAAUUAUUCAUGAAUUUGACCAAUGACCCCAAGGUGACCUCUGCUUUUACCUACCUCCAGACUGCGUUGGACCAAGAUCUUAGAUUCUCAGAAAUGAGGUGCAAAAAGAUUCUACCGAUGGCGAGCCGAUCCUAUCAGGAGAAUGCUUCCUCACAUUAUACCAGUACUGUUCACAGAAACAAGCUCUUACAGGCGAUGAAGAUGUACUCCCAGCAUGCCCGUGGUCCGGGCUAUGAAACCUUUGCGGCUCAGCUCCAGGAGGAAUGCGAACUCUUCUGGCAGAAUGGACGACAGCUCUGUGAGGUCAUCAGUCUGACCGGUCAUCACUGUAUACACAAGCUUCACUUACUACCGGGUGACCCUGAGUUAGAUCCUCCUAGGGAGAUUGUCUUGAGCCAUCUACCCCAUACCAAUAACAACCAAACACCAUGCGCUUGUAACUGUGGCAAAUCGGUAGGCACCAGGGAAGACCCUUUUGAUGUGAAGGUUGCCAACUACGAUUUCUUUGAGGAACUGGAGGAGAAAUGCUGCAGUAAGCUUCAACACUAUGCUUUUACAGUCUACAGACCUCCCCCCGCAAGACGACCUUCCCAGCUGAACUGUGAGGAUGAUUCCAUUCCAGAUGAAGGGGUGUCAGACCAACCGGAUGAGAUGGUCACUAAAUCAAUUGAAAAGAUCAAAUUAAGCAAUGACACAAAAGGAAGCCAAUCGGGUGUAAUGACCCCAGAGCUCAGUCUUGGUCAAUCAGUCCCCAAUGAAGGCUCUGCAGAUCAGCCAGUGAUGGGAACAGUUGAUACCCUAUCUACACAAGAUGAACAACCAGAUCUUGAAGAGGAGGAAGAGGACCAGGAGGAGGAGGAGAAAGAGGAGGAGAGUGAUGAAGAGAACGAUGAAGAUGAAAUGGACGUUUCUGAGCCUCAUGUUAGGAGACCCAUAGAGGGUAUGUUAUGUAGUACCACACUCAGAGGCAUGCUUCCUAAGUUCCCGUCCUGGUCGCUGGUUUGCCUUGGUCCAGCUUCUCUGUAUAACCCAACAAAAGGUCUGGAGCAGCCAAAUUUCAUGCGAGACAGCAAGCAUCUGUUAUCUUGGGAUAUACCGAUCCCUAAAGGCUCUCUCCUAGACUCCGUCUGGCCCUCGCCUGGUGAGAUUGUGACGUCAUCAAAGAAAGGAGGCAGGACAAGGGAUAAGAAAGAUACCUCAUCGGAUGGGCUCAGAGCAUACAUUGGCAAUGAGUACGAGUGUCCCAGAGGUCAUCGGUUCAUCUGCUCUGGACCAGAGAAGGUGGUCAAGGUCGCGUCGGGGUCAGGCGGUCCUAAGGAAAGCGCCAAUAAACUCAUCACGCUGGACAUGCCUCUCUACUUCUCCUGCCCAUGCAGAUCUAACAAACCUCCUCUAGGUCAGCUGAUCAGGUCAUUCAUCGUGACCCCACCCAAACCGGUGUACAUCAAACUCAACCCUAAAGUCAGACCAGGACCACACCCUACACCUGUCUUCUCCCCUCUACCGGGCGAUGAGGGUAUUACCCUUACCCCUAGUAGCGUGUGGGUCUUGAGAUACCCAUUUGUAUAUGUGAGCGAGGCUGGUCCAGUCAUGCCUCCUGCAGACAAUCAACCCACACCUGGCGCUAAGCUUCUCAAAGGCCUGUACCUAGUGACCCUACAAGCACCUGAAACAUGAGAUGAUUGUCCAAGGAAAAUUUCGGAGAGGAAGUCCACGAGCCGCUGCAACAGCCACGACGAAGUCUUGACAGUGAUAGAGAAGGAAAUAAGCCUAGUGAGGUCAUCACCUUUUAAAAAGAUAUUGCCUUGUGAUUUGCCAGGCUCCUGAAGCAUGAGAUGACGAACAGAGGUACAUUCUGGAAGGGAGCUAGCAUAGGCCAUUUUAAGAGUGUUGAUUAUCAAACUGUUGUCCUAGUUCAACAGAAGACCUGGAGACCUUAGAGAUCUAGAGAUGGCAUAUUAUGGACCAAGGGUACAUUCUGGAAUUUAGAUAUCAUAAGCCACUUUGAGAGCUAUGAUAGCUUUGAUAAAGCCGUUCUAUGAUAUCAAAAGUCUUGUCCUUGUCCAACAGCGUUUUGAAGAACUCUAUCUGAUGUCCCUUCAGAAUCUGGAGAUAACAGACCAAGGAUACAUGUACAUCCUGGAAGAGAUAUACCAUGAAUCACUGCAGAUCUUUGAUGAAGUCAUGCUUGGACACAAAACACAUCUUGGACACAUCUGUUGGACUUAGUCCAACAACAUCUUGAAGCACUCUACCAGGUGGUCCUAGGUUAUCUGUAAAUGAGAGUCUGUUGUACUUCCUGGAGAGAAACUACAUAUAUUGCAUCAUCAUCCUUGCUACCAUUGCCUGUGAAGAACUUUACAAAUAUUCCAGCAGACUUGCUUUCAAACAGCACACCUGUGUGCUGGCGAUUGGUUACUGAUGAUGUUGAGGUACUCAGCAGGCACAGAUCUCCACUCACUAAGAUGGUAUCUCUGCGGUUGAAGACCAAUUCCUUUGAAGAACUUGAUGAUAUUUGCUGCCAACUGGUCAACAACCAUCCUCCCUCUGUACCUGCAGUUGUAGUUAUGGAUGACUUUGAAGAACUUGAUGAUAUCUCCGAAGAUGAACCAUCAACCACAAUUGGUUACUGAUGACUUUAAGGUAUUUGAUAAUAUCUCAGCAGGCACAGAUCUCCACCCACUAAGAUGGAAUUGUCUGCAGUUGAAGACCAAUUCCUUUGAAGAACUUGAUGAUAUUUGCUUCUAUAUCUCAAGAUGAACCAUCAUUUUUGUUUUGGUUACUGAUGAUGUUGAGGUACUUGGUAAUAUCUCAGCACACAGAUCUCCACCCACUAAGAUGGAAUUGUCUGCAGUUGAAGACCAAUUCCUUUGAAGAACUUGAUGAUAUUUGCUGCUAACUGGUCAACAACCAUCCUCCCUGGAUACCUGUGGUUGUAGUUAUGGAUGACUUUGAAGACCUUGAUGAUAUCUCAGAAGAUUAACCCUUACCACCUUAUCUCUGUUGCUGUGGUGAAUUCCUGAUGAUUUUGAAGAACUUGGUGCUAUCUCUGAAGAUGAGCCUUCGACCACCCUGUCUGUAUGCAUGCAGUUUAUGACCAUGUUGAUGAGCAUAGGUUUGGAUCUGAUCAUCUGCUGAAUCCAGAAGCUGUUCAGUCGAAUACUUUAUGAGAGAUGACCAAGGUUAGCUUAAAGGUUACAGGUGAGCUGUGUUGUGUCUUGUGUGUUAUUUCAUGGCACAAUCAGUCAAUCACGUAUUGAGUCCUUUUGGGGGCUUCUCAGUAAAAUCAUCAAAUCACUUAAAUAAUCAUUCCAAUUUCCAUGUAAAAUGUGUGGCCAUGACCAUAUGAAAAUGUAAAUGGAGAAAGAGAAGUCUUUGUGUACAAUGCUACCGAAUACCAUGAUGAUGUUUGUCUGGUAUACAUAAUAUGCAUGAAAAAUUAUGUACAGUAAUGUAGUACAAAUAUGUUUUGUCAUAAUCAUGAUUCAAAUUUAUGAUACUUGUCACUGGAAGUUUAGUUAUGUUCUAAGGAAACAUCUCGUGCUGAAAUUGCAUGAGAUGAGAGAAGAGAGAGAAGAGACGAUUUGUGUAAUGUUUGUAUGAAUUAAUCAUGAAUAAAUCCAUAACAUAUUUGAUCUACUACCGAACAGAAUGUCAAAAGAGAACACUGCAAUAUUCGGCAAAUUUGUAUCCUUAAUCAGUGUAUUUAUACUUUUCUUUUUUCAGAAAAGAAUAUUUUUAUGAAAGUAUAAUCUGGAAAGAACUAUUUCAGAUCUGUUAGGGCUUGAGUGUAAGGCAUUGUUCAACAUUCAUUAAUUUUAUUUUGUGAAGAGACUAGCACAUAGUGCUCUGCAAAAAAAAAGUAAAAAUAAGAAGAAAAAAAUGAAGAAAGAGAAGAAAGAAACCAGAAGAAUAGAAGGAUCAAGGGGAUGUGGAGGAAGAAAAGAAAAGAAAGUGGGAAAUGGACAUAUUUGAAUGGAUUGAAAGAGGAGCACAAAGGCAAGUAUAAGUCCUCUAUGAAAGAGCGCCAUCUAUGUUUUAGUUUUAUAUACAUGUAUAAAACUCUUCUAAAGAGUCCAGGGUGAAAAUUAAUGUUUCAUCAUUUUGUACAAAUCAUUAAAAUUUCUUUAUAUGUAAAAGUGAUUAUUCAAAUAUUAUGUAAGCUCUCAGAUGAUCCAAGAUACAGACAUCUCGACAUUUUAGGAAAUGUUAUUUCAUCUUUUCAC